GGUAAACGCAGGUGCCCAGCGUGUUCUUGUUAUUUAAAUUAUUAAAGUGAUUGCAAUAAUUAAAUGUUAUAGUUACAUAUAAGAAACAUAAUCUUAUUAUAAUGGGUCGUAAAAUUCCAUCCAAAAAACAUCGUGGUGUAAAAGAUCCCUUAGAGCAGCAAGCGCGUCGGCUACAAAGUCUCAAAGGGAAAAUAAAUGCGCCACCGAAAGAUCCAGAUGACCAGCCAAUACCGAAGUCUUUAGAGAGAUUAUUUGCGUUUCAAAACAAAAAGUCACCUAACCUAGAAGAAAAGAAAAAGAAACACAAUAAGACCACAAAUAAUCGAGGUCAAAAUGAAUUAAUCAAGACUGAUAAUCCUGUUGCCAAACUAAAGAAGAUUCCUGGGGAAAGUGGCCGGAGCUUUUCCCUGAGAAUCAACAAUGCUAUCAAAACUCUUAACAAUCCAAGUGUGGAUUUGGACUUUCCUGAUGAUGUAGAAGAAUUUGACUCCAAGGGUGAAAGGAUGGAGUUUCAAAGGGAACGGCGAAGGCGGAAGAAGGCUAAAAAUGGAACAGAAUCUAGUGAGCCCCAGCUUAGCCGCUCACAAAAGAGGGCAGCGCGUGCUAAGGCCAAGAAGGAGAAAGCUGAGGCACAGAAGCAGGAGAAUCGUCCGGAGCUGGUGUACGAGCGGGUGGGGUUCGGCGAAAUCGUGCAGGCGCCGCCCGCGCUCAGCGUCAAGCCCCGACACGCGAAAGCUGAUGGCGCCGCUGCACGGCCGGGUCGUCGCACGUUGCUGCUGAGCGCGAUGCUGUCGGGCGGCGCGGGGGCGGGGGCGGUGUCGGCGGACGCGGCGCGGCGCGAGCGCACCAGGUUCGACGUCGUCGCCGCCUACCGCGAACUCAAGAAACAGAACCGCGAGCGAGACAAGCUCAAACACAGAUAGCGCUGUCCCACUCUAACAAAUAAAAGUUUUGUUAGGUUUUA